AUGCUGACGUGGCUGGAAGGUCAUCUGAGAAGCUCUUAUCCAUGGAAGCUGGCGCGCAUGAGAGCCGAGGUCAAGACGAGCGAGACUUCAAAAAUUACGCCAGUGGAGUACAAAGACAGCUGGCUUGAUCGAAAGCUGCAAAGUUACAUGGAGUACCGCAUCACUCGUGUUCUUCAGAACUCUGCAGAUGGUGACAGCUCGCAAACCCAAGAAUUGACUUUGAGGUUGUUGAGAGAUUCUUUCCCUUCUUGGUUCCCUCGAGCAUUCGGAUCCUUUCUUCGCUUGUUUCCCCUCUGCUGUAGCAGUCAAGAUAUGAUUGAGCGUAGAUUGAUUUAUGUGAAGGUGUCAACAGUCUUCUUGACCCGCUGGUUAGUUGGUGAAAGCAAGGUUGUCGACGUAGACCAAGAUUUGCUGGAUCCUGUGCAAGAGGUCUUCCAUUGGCCUUCCCUUUUCCUCUCUUUAGCGUUUGCUUCUAGGGCAAAGAAAAGUGGGGAAACGACCCUGUCGGCUGGGUUCCUGGAUUCCUGGUGGGAGGAAACUGGCGGAAGGAGGUGA